AUGUACUGCCAAAAGUGUCGCCAGCCCUUGAGGCUCGACGGCUCACUCGAGAAUCUAAACCCGGCGGCGUAUGACCUGUUGAUUUCAUCGUCCCCGCCGAAAUCCAAGCGGUCGCCCCAGCCUCGGUCCCAGGCCGCUCAGUCGCAAGACCAGGCACGACGAGCGCUGUACGACAAGGUGUCUCAGAACGCAGGGCCCCCGUCCUUCAAGAGACACCAUGGGGGCCAGCCACGCGACUCGGCCAUGUCCUUUAUCUACCUGACCGAAUCCCAGGUCGGCCAUCCGCAUCAGCAGCAGCAGGCCCAGCUCAAGGAAGCGCCCGUCACGCCCACCCGCCUUCGGCGCUCCAGCUCAAGCAGGGCUUCCGCCGCCGCGACGCAAGCGCCCAAGGCCGACGAGAUGGAGAGGAUGAAUAGGCUCUUCGAGGUCCUCUCGGCAAGGUCAGACAUCGACCACCCCGUCUGCGUUGACUGCACCGAGCUGCUCGUCGAAGGGCUUCAGAGGAAGCUCGACGUCGCCUCCAAGGAGAGAGACGCCUACGUCAAGCAUCUGCGCCAAACGCAAGCCGAACAGCCCAGCCAAAACGACAUCAAAGCCCAGCAAGAGGCGCUCAAAAAGGCAGAAAGGGACAAGGCAGCUGCCAUGGAGGAGCUCAAGAAGCUCGAAAAGGACAAGGAUGCCCUGGACCAAGAGAUCCUGGCUCUCGAGGAGGAGUCCAAACAACUAGACAAGGAAGAGGAGGCGUUUUGGCGCGAGAGGAACGCGUUUGCCACCAAGAUGGCCGAAUUCCAGGCUGAGCGGGAUAGCGUCAACGCAAAGUACAGCCACGACUCGCAGCUGCUCGAAAAGCUGCAGCGGUCCAACGUGUACAACGACACAUUCUGCAUCAGUCACGACGGAAACUUUGCCACCAUUAAUGGCCUUCGCUUGGGGAGGCUUUCGAACAAGCCCGUCGAUUGGCCAGAGAUCAACGCCGCCUGGGGACACGCACUGCUGCUCCUCGUCACGGUAGCCGAGAAGCUCAACUACCGGUUUCAGGGCCACGACCCCCAGCCGAUGGGCAGCACGUCCAAGAUAGUCCGCUACGACGCCUCCAGCCCGGCCUCCAGCCGCCUCGGGGCCCGCGCGACGCAGCCCCCGCCAAAGAAACACGUGCUGGAGCUCUACAGCUCCGGCGACAUGCCCCUGGGCCUGACGUUUAUGCACCGCAAAUUCGACAACGCAAUGGUGGCCUUUCUCGAGCUCGUGCGCCAGCUGGGCGUCUUUGUCCAGAAGCAGACGGAGCCGACGGGCAACACGCUGAGCUUGCCGUACCGCAUCGACGGCGACAAGAUUGGCGACGUGAGCAUCAAGCUGGGCAUCGCGCAAGACGACGGCUGGACAAAGGCCUGCAAGCUCACGCUGACGUGCUGCAAGUUUCUCUUGGCCCACGCCAGCAACGUGAGUUCCAAUGCCAGAGGCGCCGCCUCCUGA